GGCAAGGUACCUAUUGGUACUACAUCCAACAAUAAUAAAUGAUAUAUUUGAGAAGUAAUAGUUUAAUACAAACAGCGGUCAAGGACUCUUCCUCUCUGUUAGCCACAGGCAAGAUAAGAAAUAACUCAAAUGAACAAACUACACCUCCACCCAUACACUGACGCACACCACAACCACUAGUGGACAUGUGGGCCAAUUUUAAUUCCAAUCUGUUUAACCUCCACGACAAGGGUUGUUUAAACUUUAAAGUGAAAGGAACAUUAUGAAGGCACCAACUUCUAGAAUUCUCUAGAAUCUUCCCUCUCACAACUCUUUGGAAAUAUUGAUUUAAUAUCCUAAAACAUUUCAAUUAUGAGUUUCUUGCUUUGAGCUCUUUUGUUGAGCUAGACAACACAUAGCUGGGAGCCAGGUAUCUAACUUCAUCGCGUUCCCUUUCAUCUUCUCCUUAUAGGAAUUAUUUGGGAAUAGCCUAUGUAAUUAGAGUUGGUGUUUGCAAUAUAUUAUUAGUGGUAAAAAUUCACACUAAAAAAGCUAGAGUAAAAUCGUUGGGUUACCUUUCCAAAUGGGCACAAAGUUUCUUCAAGUCAAGCAUCUUUCAAUUUUGCAAUUUACAAUUCAACUUCCAUAUCUCCAAAUAUCCGUUCUCCACAGUUUCUUCAACAAAUAUUUUUUUUAAGUCCACUCAAUUUCUUAAAUAUAAUGUUAUCGAACAUCAAUUCCAAAGAAUUGGAUAUAGUAAGCAACUAAAUCAUCCAUCAGAUGUAAUGAUACAAAUGAAACUAAACCUGGGAUUUAUAGUAACAGAUGCGUUGUUGGAGAUUAUGAACCUCCUUGGUGCGAUGUUCAAUGAGAGCGACAAGGGCUUCUUCUCGCUCGCUCCUAGGCUGAAUCUCUGUAUCUGAGUGUGUGUGAACAUCAUCACCGUCUUUGUUGCCUUCCCUACCGAUGUUCUGCGCAUCUGACUCCACUUUGGGGAUUUCCAGAAACUGGUUGGCGCUCAUAUUUUAACACUCUUGCAUGACAACCUUAUUGCUUCAUUUUUCCGGAGUAAAACAUCUACCCUCCGUUAUUCAAUGUACUGAGUAUGAAAAAGUGAGCCUAUGUUUGGUUCCGUGGGAGAGGCAAAAAGGGAAAUAAAUGAGCACGUAGUCCGUAGACCUGUCGUGCUGCUAUGUACCCUGGUAUGAAACCGCAAAACAAAUGUGGGAAAAAUUGGAGGUCACCUACGAAGGAACCGCGCAGGUUCGGGAGGCCAAAAUUGACCAUCUCACUCACGAGUAUGAACUCUUUUCAAUGAAGGAAAAUGAGAAGAUUAAGGAAAUGUUUGAGAGAUUCUCUAACAUCAUCAAUCCUCUCAAUCUUCUCGGGAAGACAUACACCGACCGAGAGCUCGUGAGAAAGGUGCGGCGAAGCCUAUCCCCUAAAUGGCGUUCAAAGGUGGACGCAAUCGAAGAAGGUCGUGACUUCCAAACAACGACCUAUGAUGCUCUUCGAAGUAAUCUUAUUACCUACGAAACCACCCAACUCUCAAAGGUGGUUGAAGAAAGGAACAAAAGGUUUAUUGCUCUACCCGCAACAACAUCAACCCACAACAACAUUGAUGAUGAAGAUGAUGACAUCGACGACACCGACCUCGGACUCUUUGUCCGAAAAUUCAAGAAGAUGAUGCUAAAGAAGGGAGCCAAGAAGAACACUCCACCCAAAUGCUAUGGGUGUGGUGAAAUUGGACACAUCAAACCAAUGUGCCCAAAGCUCAAGAACGAGAAGGGCAAGAGGGCACCGAAGAAGCAAUGUGCUUACAUUUCUUGGGAGAACGACGGCUCUGGGAGUGAAGACUCGGAAACGGAGGAAGUGGCCAAAUUGUGUCUCAUGGCCAUUGAAGAUAGUGAUACAUCAAAAGAGGUAAGUGAUCAAGAACCUUCUCCCAAUGAUCCUUUAACUCUUAAUGAUGUUGUUUGCAUUGUAGAAGAUUUGGUCUUUGGUAUCCCAAAGGUUCAACAUGUUAUCUUGUUGGCUAUUCCGACUCGGAUUUUGCAGGUUGCAAACUCGAUAGGAAAAGUACCAGCGGUACUUGCCACUUAUUCGGUCAUUCGUUAAUCUCGUGGUUUAGUAAGAAGCAGGUUAGUGUUGCACUUUCCACCACCGAAGCGGAAUAUGUCGCUGCGGGAAGUUGUUGUGCCCAAAUUCUUUGGCUAAAACAGCAACUAGUGGAUUUCGGCCUUAUACUUGAUCACAU